CAGCUGGGGGAAGAGACAGAGUAACAGCUAGAGAAACGAACAGGGAGAAACAACGACUAAAAACAUUGAAAUUGAAUCUUUUUUGAGGGAAGGAUGGAAGAGAAAGUCAAAACUGACGAACACAGAGCUGCAUGAGUGAGAAAGAGAUACAAUAUCCCCCACCUCGUGUUUCUGGAAGUCUCUUCUGUCUCCUCUGAUACUUCGCUCACCGCCACCCGGAGGCGAUGAACUUCGCCCUCAGCUUCAAGCCCCCGUCAGCAGGCCGCUCUGGGCCCGGAGGCGGCGGCGGAGCCACCAUGGAGAACCUGGAGAAGCAGCUGAUCUGCCCCGUCUGCCUGGAGAUGUUCUCCAAACCCGUGGUCAUCCUGCCCUGCCAGCACAACCUCUGCCGCAAGUGUGCCAACGACAUCUUCCAGUCGGCGAACCCUCUGUGGCAUUCCCGCGGCUCCUCCGGCAUCGCUGCCAGUGGCGGCCGCUUCCGCUGCCCGUCGUGUCGCCAUGAAGCGGUGCUGGACCGCCACGGAGUCUACGGCCUGCAGAGGAACCUGCUGGUGGAGAACAUCAUAGACAUCUACAGACAGCAGGAGACCUCCAGGCUUGUAAACAUGAAGCCAGAGCAGCAGCAGCAGCAGCAGCAGCUGAUGUGUGAAGAACACGAGGAGGAGAAGAUCAACAUCUACUGUCUGUCGUGUCAGACGCCGACCUGCUCCAUGUGCAAAGUGUUUGGACAACACAAAGACUGUGACGUGGCUCCGCUCAGCAGCGUCUACAUGAGGCAGAAGACAGAUCUGAGCGACGGCAUCGCCAUCUUGGUCGCCAGUAAUGACCACAUCCAGGCAGUCAUCUCUCAGAUGGAAGAAAUGUGCCGCACUGUAGAGGAGAACGGUCAGCGGCAGAGAGAGCAGCUGGAGAGCCACUUCCACGGUCUGGUGGCCAUCUUGGAAGAGCGGAAGCAGGAGCUGGUGGGUCUGAUCUCCAAACAGCAGGACAAUAAACUGAAACAUGUUCGAUCCCUCAUCCGUCGGCAUGGCGAUCACCUGGAGGCCGCGGUCACGCUGGUGGAGUCGGCCAUACAGUCCAUGGAGGAGCUGCACAUGCCGUUGUUCAUACAGAGCGCCAAAGUCAUACUGGAGAAGAUGGCGGUGACAGCGGGGGCCUCUGACAUGGAGCGUCCAGAGCUCAGUUAUCAGAGCAUGAGCCACUUCGUCAUCGAUACUGACGACCUUGCUGACAUGUUGAGGAACAUGGACUUCUGCUCAGGUGUGGGAGAUGACGGAGAAAAGGACCCUGAAGAAGUGGGAGGGGAGUCAGAGCUGGACUUUGGCAGCAGAUAUUAAGACCAGAACAGAGGUCCCUGCUGCAGUCCUGAGGAAAUGUGAAAGAGAGACGGGAACAGAGGUUUAUCAUAAUCCUCCGUAAGAAAUCGGCACAGUGUUUCAGGAGGGAUCUCACUGCCACAUGACUUGGACAUGAAACAACAACAAAGACGACAUGAAAAGACACUAAAUGGUCAGAAAUCAUACAUUUCUGUACAUUAUCAGUUUCUCACUGCAGCAGCGCAGAUGCAGGAACACUGACUCGGCCACAUUUUCUUUUUUCCUCCCACAUUGUUCCUUUUUGUUCACUAUAAAAGAAGCCAGUGUAUUGUGUGUAAAUAUAUCUCCCUAUGUAUAUCUCACAGGAAAUGUAUAGUGGAUUUAACACUGCAUUCUGUGUUGUGGGAGGGAAAGUAAAAAGAUUUUGCUUGGGUGUCUUUUUCUCCAGGAUUUAAAGCCCUUAUAUAGAUUUCUAAUGGCUUCGGUAAAGACUACAGUUUUUGCAUUUUGUAACUCAUCUUAGAUGUUAUGUAAAUAAAAAAACAAACCAGUGAGGAUUAAAGUCGAUAAGAUAAAAAGGGUGAGGAGAGUUAGCAGGACUGAGGUCAGAGCAAUGAAUGAUUUUGACUAUAUAUGGUGCAAAGUGUUUCAUUUUUACAGAUAGAGGAGCAGAAUUGUCCUUUUUUAAAAUGCAGAAAUACAGGAGCGUGACAAUAGCAGUGAGCAGGAUGUAAAAAUUAAAGCGUGGGCAGAUAAGCUUAUUAUUGUAGGUAGUAUUGUAAAUGACUUGGGUUGCUGAAAGAGCAUGUGGUGGAUUUUGGGUUCUUGUGUGUGUGAGCGUGAAACACACCUUCCAAAAACAAAAGGAAAACGUCAGAAGCGGCCGUUUGAGCUGUUGACCCAAAAAUAACGCGUUUACGGUCACGUGACGAAGCCCACGGGACGGGAGCAAAGUCGGGAGUUAGGGGACGUUACCGUGACGUGUAGAUCAGGCGACGGACAGUCGACAGACUCGUUUCAACACAAACCUUGAUCUCUCCCUAAAAAACUAACCAAGUUGUUUAAUACCACUUUACAAUAAGACUACCCUUAUAAAGGAUUUAUAAAUGCUUUAUAAUUAGGUUAUUAAUUCAGUUGUCAAAACUGUAUAAAUCAUGAAUAAACAGGUUAUAACUCAUUUUUCAUACAGUGAUGCAGGCUGAUUAUUUGGCAAGAUCAAGUCGCUGUAGAUUAUUUUUUAUCUUGCUGCUGUAAAUACUCACUAGUGCACUGAAUGUGGAUUAAUCCGCCACUGAAAAUAGUCCCCAACAAAUAACAAACGUACUGUUUCCUCUUGUUUGAGUAACAUCUGCUAAAAACUACAUCGCCCAGCUGUUUGCAGACGUUACUGAGCUAAAAAAUUUAAAUACAUAUUUGUAAGUUUUACAUUUGUUUGUUGACAAUAAAAAAAAUAUAGAAUAACAGCUGCCUUUUUCUUUAAGGUUAGAGGAAGAUGAUGCUCACGAAUUUGAACAAACGGCUCAUGUCAUUUUCAUGGGGAGGAAAGUCACAGUCAUGAUGGAUGAAAGCUCUUCAGAGAGGUGGAGGA